AUGCAAAAUAGUAAAUCUGGCGGGGAGGCCCCGCAAAGGGGUUUAAUGGACAUUUCCGUUUCCAAAAUCCGGAAGAGCAUAGCCCACAUGCUGCAGCAAAGCUCCCUCCAGAAGCAGCAGCAGCAGCAGCAGCAGCAAGCAGCAUCAGCAGCAAACUCGCCCCGCUCCUCCGACAUCUCCCCUGCUGCUUCUCUUCUCUCCUCCCCUCGCUCGCAGCAAUUCCUCAUCAGCAGCCGCAGCAGCAGCAGCAGCAGAAAAGAAUUCCGCUUUGCUGCAGACCCAAAGGGGGCCCCCAGGGCCCCCUCAGGGGGGCCCCCCGGGGGCCCCCCGGGGCCCCCUGGGGGGCCCCCUGGGGGGCCCCCCGGGGGGCCCCCAGGGGGGCCCCUCGAGGGGGGCCCCCGGGAAAACGGGAGAGAAGCUGGGGUGUAUGUACACCCCAGCAGCUCAGUGAGCUCCUCAGAGUCUGGAGGAUCUUUUAUUGAUUUGGAUUUGACUAAUGAUGCUGGCAGCAGCAGCAGCAGAGGAGGAGGCAGCAGCUCGGCUGCUGCUGCUGCUGCUGCUGCUCAGUGGGGCAGCUUUUUAGACCAAAUCAUUGAAGCCCCAGAAGCGGAAGCAGCAGCAGCAGCAGCAGAUGCGGGGGUGACUGCAGCUGAAGGCAAGGACCUGCUGCUGCUGCAGCAGCAGCAGCAGCAAAGCCCCUGGGAGUCCAUUUUGAGGAAAGAUGCAGCAAAUGAUGCAGCAGAUAUCCUUCUGAAGUAUACGGACAUCAACGUGGCCAAGUUUCGCCCCCAGCCGCCUCCGGCCCUUGACUUGGAGGACGAUUUGGAAAAAGGAGAAAAAACCAAGAAAAACUCCAAAAUCGAUCCUUCUCAGUGCCGCGUUUACGGAGAAGGUCUUCAGGCCCUUUUUGCAGGAGUCUUGAACGAAGUAUAA